CAACUCGACGCAGUCAGUACACGCGUCUCGACGUCCGGGGAUGCGUCUGACGAUGAAGAUAUAGUAUCGUCGCACGAACUAUCGUUAAUAGCGCGGGUGUCGUAUCGUCGGUAAUCGUAUAAAAUUCGCGAGAGACAAGAAGAGAAAAGUGAAAGAAAAGGAUACGCGCGUAUGGCGCGUCGUGUCAUACUCCUGCUACUAUAAUGCUACACUUUUUUCGCGAGAAUGAGGGUGGCACGGCUAUUACUGUGCUGCGUACUUCUCGAAGACUACAGCACCAAUCUCGGCGGAACGGCAAUUACCAGUGACGCCAUGCGCCAGGACGGUCCCUCGUCCGCGACGAAUCCGACGCUAUCAGAUGUGCCGAGCUUUUCCGAGCCGAUCGGCAAUGUGACCGCCGCCAUCGGCAAAGAGGUUGCUCUCUCUUGUACCAUCAGGAAAGUGGGAAAUUACAAGGUGGGAUGGCUACGGGCUGAGGAUCAGACGAUAUUAUCAAUGGGCGAUCGCAGAGUCACUCAGUCGCCUCGUUUCUUCGUUACUCUGGAAAACGCCAAGACGAAGAAUCAGACGCAGUCGCGGGAAGACGAGGAGGCCACUUGGCAGCUACAUAUCCGGGGGCUGAAGGAGGCCGACCGUGGUUGCUACAUGUGCCAACUCAACACCAAACCCAUGUUAAGCCAGCUGGGAUGCGUGGAUGUCCUAGUGCCACCCGACAUCCUGAAUUCUGGCACCUCGGACGGCGAGGUUUCCGUUCUCGAGGGCGAGAAUGCCACAUUGUCGUGCAAAGCAUCCGGACGGCCACCGCCUCGUGUAUUCUGGCGACGCGAGAAAAGUGAUUUCAUACUCGUGAGGGGACCUCACGAUCCGUUGAUACAAGUGGACAACCUGUCAGGCGAAAAGCUAGAAUUAACCAGAGUAGACAGGAGGCAAAUGGGAGCUUAUCUUUGCAUAGCGAGAAACGAAGUGCCUCCGGCAGUCAGUAAGAGGGUUAAUCUAAAAGUAAAUUUCCCUCCUAGCGCAAAAGCACCCAAUCAGCUGCUCAGUUCUCCUCUGGAUACAAACGUGUCACUAAUCUGCUUAAUCGAGGCUUAUCCCAAGACGAUUAACUUGUGGAUGCGAAAGGAACAAGUUAUUAUGAGCGGAGGCAGGUACGAAAUCGACGAGCGAGGAGACCCCGACGAGGAAUGGAAGACGACGAUCGUGUUGAAGAUAAGACGCUUGAAGAAAACGGAUUUGGGUGAAUACACGUGCUCAGCCUCUUCAAGUAUGGGAAAAGCCGAAGCGACUCUCAGGGUGUAUGAGAUCGAACGCGCAACCGUACCCAGUCGCGUCACGACCAAUAAGCGAGUGAAUCAAGGCAAGUCAAAGUCCGGACAAGGGACGAUGGGCAAUCGGCUUUUCCAUCAGCAGGUGAGCACACCGGCGAUGCAGAAGAGCACCGCGCGAUUGAUCUACAACAACAGAUACGCGACCACGUCGACUACCGUGGACCCGCGCGCUUCCUUAAUCAAGGACAAUGAUAACGCUUUCAAGCACAACAAUCGCAAGGAUAACCAGCAGAAUCUCAAGGAUCGCAGCGACGCGUCUACAGUCUUUGCCAGCAAGCGGAUUGUUUUGCCACUUUGUCUCAUAUUGUUCUCAACAGUGCGAUAAGACACAAGAUGACGACGAUGAUGGCGACGAGGGGAGCUAAUCCGCCGUAGCAAGAAUUACUUUGUGAAACAGUAUGGAAUCGCGUGAUAGAAUCGAUCCGAUAGGAUGACGAGGAUAAGCGAAAGAAAGGGAAUCUCGCAAUGUGAAAGGAAUGAUACUUAUUGUUAGACAACGACGACUACAUAAGAGACAUAGGAGUCUGGGGUGACAAAGAACUGCUCGUUUUAAUUAUAAAUCAAUGUUUUUAAUAGCAUGAGAAAGAUCUUAGAGAAAGAUGCGAACAUUUGGACGCUUUUACGCGAGACAGAAUAGGGGAAUAGGGGAAAGUUCUGAUCCGCUAAUGCGAAUGAAUGUUGCCCAAGAUAACCACUGCGGAUUUUUUCAGAAAGACGCUUACGAAUGUAUUUUUUAUGACCCUUUUAUCCGUUGCUAACGUGCAAAAAGUUCGGGGACAAAAUGUGCUUUUUAAUUAAAUUAAAUAUAACCUGAAUAUUUUUAAUUCUCGGAU